AUGAAAGUUGCUGCGAGAGGCCCCAUCGUGCGGUGGUCGCUGCGGAGACCAACGACUGGAAUUGCUGUGUCUCGGAGCGACUGGCGAUCAGGUCGCGAUCUUAGCACUGAAGAAAAGGACUCCGGCCUCUUGCUUCGUUUACGUGAUGUGUGCGCUAAGGUGCCGGACGGCAGCCGCCUCCCUGUGGCUGUUGUGAAGGCACAUUCGAGUGACUUUCAAGUGAACGAAAUUGAUGCGGGUGGAAAUGUCGCGACACUUGAAAAGGCCCCAAAAGGAAGAUGGCAGAAGAUUUCGCGUCAGAAAACUCUUCUUGUCGAGGACAACCGGGAAACACCAUUCAGUAAUCCGUUAAAAACAUUUAGUCCACGUGUGCAGAGUUAUGGUGAGUACGUGAGAUCGUUGGGAAGGCUUCCACGGGAUUUUUCAAUACUUCGUUUUGUCCUCUAUCGAGAUUCCCAUUCAAUCAGUAGUGUUGUAAACCGUGUAGGCUAUGUGUUGUCCCCCCAACAGGACUGCAUGUUUAUGCAUCACCAACCAGGCGGGUCUUUUGGUUGUAUUACACAAUACGGCGUGUGCAUUGGUAUGACAAAGGAGCUCCUUCCGCAUGCAUCACGUCAUUACAACCUACAUCCUCUUAUUUUUGAUCCACGUGAGUAUCACUCGAAUGAGCGUCUGGAUUCACUCCUCCAAAGACCUUGUGGGCAUUACUAUCGCAUGACUCUACGGUGUGUGGAAGGUGAUCGAGAUUUUGUGAACAGUCGACUAAAGUUCAUAAGUGAAAGGGGCUUUAUCAACUAUUUUGGUUUAGAUACAUUUGGUGUGGGUACGAACCGAUUUUUUGAAAUGGCAUCUUUUGCCGCCCAAGGAGAUUAUCUUAAGGCUGUGGGUGGAUUGCUCCAGUGCAUUGCCGAGUGCGAUGGGGUGCACCAUGAUUACUACCUGCGAUACCUUAAUGCAGAACCUAGCACCGUUCCGGGUGUGUCGAAGUCAUGGGCGGAUGCGGCCAAACACAUGCGAUCACAAAAGUGGCUUGUAGAGUUACUGCAACAGCUGUCCGAAUACCACGAGGGUGCUGUGAGGAAGGAUGAGCACCUUCGCAAGAUUUGGGAGCGUGUUCCUGUUCGUGAUCGUAUUCAACGUAGUGCCGCAGAGUUUGUGUGGAAUGCCAUGACGUCACAGCGAUUGCUCUCGAAGGGUUUGGAAGUUGUUGAAGGGGACGUGGUGCGGGUGCGCACCUCCGAUUCCUCUAGUGUUAUUGAUACCACUUCAUUUCCCAAGAGUUCUUACGAUUACAAACAUGUAACCGGUGAAGAUGCACGAAGAGGUGUCUACAACAUACAGGACGUUGUUCUUCCCAUCCCAUAUGAUUCUGUUUCUCUCCGUGAUUGCCUGUUUCCUGAGUUAACACCACUCGACAGAGAGUUUUACCAAGAAUUUGCGGCAAAGCAUGGUUUAUCAUUUCUUUUUGAAGAGACAUUUGUGCCUGGUGCAACACCUCGAGAGCUCUACCGUCCACUGGUGGUGAAACCUAGGGACUUUCAAGUUGUUGUGAUUCAUGACCCGAAUUCUUUUGUAUGCUUAAAGUCGGAUCUUGCUGUAAUGCAAGAGAGGAAGCCGAUAGAAGUCAAGGAAAUGGAUUAUGCGACGCGGAUACGGGAACCGUGUGUGUAUAACGUAUCGGAGCGUUUUGUAGAGAAGAUGGAACCUAUUAAGAAAGCACACGGAGGCGUUAGCUCAGUCAUCCUUUCCUUUUCUCUCCCAGGCGGCUCUUCACCGUUUGUGAUGCUGAGGGAGGUGUUCUCUCUACGUUAUGCUUCGUUUCAGGAUCUCUAUGGUAUGCUGUAG